AUGCCUGAAAAAAUUGAUAUCGUGAUCGCAGAUCAUGCAAGCCUGCAGCAAUCUACCUCUCGCUUUGACGAGUGGCUGAAAUCGAUGAUGGACAGAAAGAGGGAACAGACCGGCAACUACCAACUGGGAGGGCCUAUCAUUCCAAGGGUCCCACCGACGUUUCGUAAAAUUGAAAAUAACAGUGGUUGCUACGAUCCAUCGGUGGUCUCCAUCGGUCCCUAUCACCAUGGGAAACCAGAACUCAAGGAAAUGGAGGACAACAAAGUCACAUUCGCGAGCCAGUUCGUCAUGGAGAGUCAAGUGGCCCCUGAUACAAUGUUCUGCAAGGUUGAAGGGGUGGCGAGCAAUGCAAGGAAAUGCUAUACAGAGGAUUCAACGCAGAAGUUUGAGGACAAGGAGUUUUCCCAGAUGAUGUUUCUUGAUGGUUGCUUCAUUCUCCAUUUCUUCUUCUGCCUCUCAGAGCAACCUGAAAAACUAAAGAUGUCUAAUCACCAUGUGUCUUUGGUUGCAAGGGAUUUGUUCUUACUAGAGAACCAACUCCCUUUUGAAGUUCUCCUUGAACUAAUGAGUUUGAGGUUCAAUAUUCAAGGAGGGGAGAGAGUGGAUCUGUUUGAGCCUUUCUUCAAGCAUAUUCGCUCAAUGCCCCCUCGAAGAGAGUCAUGUAGGGAAAAGUUAUCAAAAAACUUAGCAACCAUUUCAAGUUUUUUUCGCAGUCUGCUAAAAUUAUUUUCAAGUACUGAUCAUCCAAAAUCCCCAACAAAUGAGUUGACUGCGAUUCAUCGUAAGCCUGCCUAUCUUCUAGAACUUUUUCAUAACAAAUUUGUUGCCAGGAGCAUAAUAGAUGCCGCAGGUGUUAAGGAUCACAAAAGCUGGUACAAGGAUGAUUCUCGAAAGAGCUGGUCUGGCCGGUAUUAUCCCGCGAAGGACCUUAGGAAGGCUGGAAUCCAUUUCAAGCCAAGCAAGACAAGUCUUUUCACCGAUGUCAGCUUCACGCCAACAUUACUCGCUGGAAGACUCUACAUUCCUCCGCUAAGAAUAGAUGACUCAACCAAGCCCUUGCUCUUAAACCUUGUAGCCUAUGAAGCAUGUCUUGGUACGUGCGAUGAUUGGGUCACUUCCUAUGUAUGCUUCAUGGAUUCAUUGAUUGAUCAUCAUAAAGAUGUGAAGGAGCUGCGAUCUAAAGGCAUACUCAUCAGUACUCUUGGAAGCGACAAACAGGUAGCAGAACUCUUCAAUGAGAUAUCUGAUUAUUUAGUACCUAAUCCCUAUGCAUACUCCAAGGUUAAAAGAGACAUCGAAAAUCAUUAUAGAAACGGCAUCAAGCGAUGGAUCCUUCAUUAUAAGGGUCCUACUUAUACCUUCAUUUUCAAGUACUCAUUUAUUUUUGGCCUCAUAGUGACUGCCAUAAAGGCCUACGUAUCAGUAGUUCCCAUGAACCCAGUUUUUGGUGUCUGCAAAAUGCCUGCCGCAAAUGUUACCCUUUACCCUUAA